GCCGGUGGGGCAAGGAGUGAAGGCAUCUGAGAGAGUGGGGACGUGCGGGGAGCUGGGUUCUUUCUGACCCACCCCGCCCUGCUCCACGGUCCCCAGGCAGCCACUGCGGGGAAUUUAUGGGCUUGGACUUCGCCCUGUUGGAGAGCAGCAAGUCUCUCUGCCCGUCCUCGGCAGGCCGGUUCCGGACUCUUUCAAGCCCCAGAGGAAAUGUGUCCAGCCCAUCUUGGAAACAGCGACCACUCCUAGCCGAAACUCCCCCAUCGCGUUGAAACGUAAGCUGCGCCCAGGCCUGCCUCCCCGAGCCAUGCGGGUCCCGGCCCCGUGGCCCCUCCUCGGGGCCCUGCUGACCCUCUGGGAGCUGCGGCCCUGCCCGGCCGAAGCGGCCACCCGCACCUACUACCUGGGCAUCCGGGACCGGAUGUGGAACUACGCUCCGGAGAGGGAGAAUCGGAUCGCCGGACGGAAGAUCGACAGCGACCCUGUGGCUUCCAAAUUCCUGAGCCCCGGCAAGGACCGGAUUGGGGGCACCUACCUGAAGACGGUCUACCUGGAGUACACCGACGGCUCCUACGCUACCGAGGUGACCCGGCCCCGCUGGCUGGGAUUCCUAGGGCCGGUGCUGCGGGCCGAGGUGGGAGACACCAUCCGCAUCCACCUGAGGAACUUUGCCAGCCGCCCCUACACCAUUCACCCCCACGGCGUCUUCUACGAGAAGGACUCAGAAGGCUCCCUGUACCCGGAUGGCACCUCGGGGCGGCACAAAGCAGAUGACUCGGUCCUGCCGGGAAGCAGCCACGUCUACAACUGGACAAUCCCCGAGGACCACGGGCCCACGGAAGCUGACCCCGCCUGCCUCACGUGGAUUUACCACUCCCAUAUAGAUGCCCCGCGGGACAUCGCCUCGGGCCUCAUCGGAGCCCUGCUCACCUGCAAGAGAGGAACCCUGGAUGGAGGCCACACAAACCACCGGAGGGACGUGGACCGUGAAUUCUUCCUGCUGUUCAGUGUGGUGGACGAGAACCUGAGCUGGCACCUGGAGGAGAACAUCCAACGCUCCUGCACCGACCCGGCCAGUGUGGACAAGGAGGACAAAGCUUUCCAGGAGAGCAACAGGAUGCAUGCGAUCAAUGGCUAUGUCUUCGGCAACCUUCCUGACCUGAGCAUGUGUGCCCACGAGCACGUGGCCUGGCACCUCUUUGGCAUGGGCAGCGAGGUGGACGUGCACACAGCCUUCUUCCACGGACAGAUGCUGACCAUCCGGGGCCACCGAACGGACGUGGCCAACCUGUUCCCGGCCACCUUCGUGGCAGCCGAGAUGGUGCCCCAGAACUCCGGCACCUGGCUGCUCAGCUGUCAAGUGGGCAGCCACCUGAGAGACGGGAUGCAGGCUCUCUAUAGGGUGAAGGUGUGCUCGGCAGUGCCCCGCCAGCCCCCGCUGCCCGGCAGGCUCCGCCAGUAUUUCAUCGCCUCCAACGAGAUCCUCUGGGACUACGGGCCGACGGGCCGGGACGGCAGCACUGGAACCAGCCUGAAGGAGCCGGGCAGCGAGGCCUGGAAGUUCUUUCAGAAGGGGCCCAGCAGGAUCGGUGGCAAAUACUUGAAAGUAGUGUACCGAGGGUUCACGGACGCCACGUUCACGAAGGAGCAGCCGCAGUCUGAGGAGAUGAAGCACCUGGGCCUUUUGGGUCCCGUGAUUAAGGCUGAGGUGGGAGACACUAUCCAGGUGGUCUUCUAUAACCGGGCGUCCAGGCCGUACAGCAUCCAACCCCACGGCGUGUUCUAUCAGAAGGCCUUCGAGGGCACCGUGUACAGCAACGGGUCGGCCCUGUCCGGCCUAUUCGCCAAGCCCCUGGAGAGAGUCACGUAUCUCUGGACGGUGCCGGCCCACGCCGGCCCCACGGCCGUGGACCCCGACUGCCUCACCUGGCUCUACUCCUCGGCUGUGGACCCCGUCAGGGACACCAACUCGGGCCUCGUGGGCCCCCUGCUUGUCUGCAAGCCCGGCACCCUGACCGACAGCGGCAAGCAGGUGUGGGGAAAGUCGCGGCGGGACUCCUGGGUCCCCGGGGAUGAGAAUGUGGAGCAGAGCAGCGGAUCGGUUCCGAAAGGAGUGGACAAGGAGUUCUUCCUCCUCUUCACCAUCUUCGAUGAAAACGAGAGCUGGUACCGGGACAGUAACGAGAAGACUGCCAUGUUGGACCCUAAACAGUUUUCCUGGGAUGACGUGAACUUCCAGGAAUCCAACAAGAUGCAUGCUGUUAACGGGUUCCUGUUCUCUAACCUGCCCAGACUGGACAUGUGCAAGGGAGACCGUGUGUCCUGGCACCUGCUCGGGCUGGGCACUGAGACGGACAUGCACGGAGCCAUGUUCCAGGGCAACACGGUCCAGCUGUACGGCAUGAGGAAGGGGGCGGCCAUGUUGUUCCCCCACACCUUCGCCACGGUGCUCAUGGAGCCCAACAACCCAGGGUCCUUUGAGAUUUACUGCCAAGCGGGCCGCCACCUCCAGGCCGGGAUGAAGGCCAUCUACAACGUCAAGCAGUGCCGCCCCGAUGCCCCUGCUGCCCGGCCACGCUACCAGGCCGCCCGGACCUACUACAUCAUGGCCGAGGAGGUGGAAUGGGACUAUUCCCCGGACCGGAGUUGGGAGCGGGAACGGCACAGUGAGGACGGGAAGGAGAGCUACGGCCACGUCUUUCUGAGCAAGGAAGGCGGGCUGCUGGGGUCCAAGUACAAGAAGGCCGUGUACAGGGAGUACACAGACGGCUCGUUCACCACCGCCAGCCCCCGGUCCAGCGCCGAGAAGCACCUGGGAAUUCUAGGGCCCCUGCUCCGAGGAGAGGUGGGUGACAUCCUGACCAUCGUGUUCAAGAACCAGGCCAGCCGGGCCUUCUCCGUGCACGCGCACGGGGUGCUGGAGCAGGGAGGGAGCCACGUGCCCUACGCCGAGCCCGGUGAGGUGAUCACGUACCAGUGGAACAUCCCAGAGCAGUCGGGGCCCGGCCCCGACGACUCGGCCUGCGUCCCCUGGAUCUAUUACUCAGCAGUCGAUCCCAUCAAGGACAUGUACAGUGGCCUGGUUGGGCCUCUGGCCAUCUGCCGGAAGGGGACCCUCGACCCUCUCGGGAAGCGGAGAGACAUGGAUCGGGAAUUCGCCCUGCUCUUCCUCAUCUUCGACGAGAACCAGUCGUGGUACCUGCAGGAGAACGUGGCCGUCUACGGCGGCCGGGAGUCGGACGGAUCGAGCUUGCCAAACGAGACCUUCAUUGAGAGCAACAAGAUGCACGCCAUCAACGGGAAGCUGUAUGCCAACCUGCCGGGCCUGACCAUGCACCAGGGAGAGAGAGUGAGCUGGUACCUGCUGGCCAUGGGUCAAGACAUCGACCUCCACACUGUCCACUUCCACGCCGAGAGCGUCCUCUAUCGCAACGGAAAGACUCAUCGGGCAGAUGUGGUGGAUCUGUUCCCUGGCACCUUUGAGGUGGUGGAGAUGUUGGCCAGCAACCCCGGGACUUGGCUGCUGCACUGUCACGUGGCCGACCACAUCCACGCUGGCAUGGAGGGUCUCUUCACCGUCCUACCCAGAAAAGAAUCAGUGGUCAUCGAUCCCGCUCAGGAAAUAGCGACCUCUGCGGCCCCUGCAGGCAGCGAGCAGGGCCAGGUGAGGAUGCUGGGAUUAGAAAUGGCCGAGCAGAACGCCCAGUUGCUGACCAUCGGACUGCUGGUCUCGGGGGUCAUCCUGUUCCUCAUGACCGUGGCCCUGGCCGCCAUGGUCUGGUACCAACGCAGGCAGAGGAGGCUGAGGAGAAAUCGGAGGUCUAUCCUGGACGACAGCUUCAAACUCCUGGCGAUGAAGUAGUGACCGCUGGGGCCUGCGGGAUCCCUCUUCCGGUGACCCCCUCCCUCCCAAAGGCCCAGCUGGAAGCAGCGGACCUGAGGGCCCCCGGGGAGGGAGGGUCGGACGGGGCACUGGGCAUCACUUGUGUUUGGUCUGUAAUUUAUUUAAGCAAAAUUUUCCCCUUGUCCCAAACCCUCCCCGCUGAGGUCAUCUCAGGGUCCCCCUCCCUGCCGUCCCAUAGCCAGUCUGUCAGCUGGACCAUCCUAAUUGGGCCCCCUGUGGCCCACACAGUCUGCCCAGUUCCUCACCCCUUCCCUUGAGCACCUGGCUCCCCGGCUUCACCUCCCCCAACGGCUGGACGACUGAGCAUGAAGGGCCUCCCGUAGAGAAGGGCGGGGAGGGGAACAGUCUUGAGACUCUCUCACGGGAGGGAGGGGAAGGACUUGGCAGAGAGACACGAGGCCUUGAAGAAAAGGCCCAGGAACAAGCACUCCGUGGACCACGACUCCACCCUGCCCUCCCUGGGCGGGACCAGAGGGUAAGGGAUAGGGAACCCAGGGGCAGAAGGCGAGCCGAUGGCAAGGGACCGUGUGAGACUGCGGAGAGGGGAGGAAAGGGGUCAGGGGCCUGGAAGAGACGGGGCAUUCGUUCCUCACCAUUGCACGUAUCCAGGCAGGAUUUAAGCAGGAUCAUCACCACCAUCUUCAUCAUCAUCACCACCACAAGCAUCACCCCCUCCGGGAUCGACCGAACCGAGUGCCCCGGGCACUUGGGAUACGGGCCGAGGAAGAACUGGAUGCGUUCCUGGCCUUCGAGAAGCUUUUAGUCUAACGGUGGGGUCGAGCGGUCCUACAUCGAUGACUUGAAGGGGGUUGAAGUAGAUGAAAAAUCACUACUGAGUGGAUAAAUAAAUUUUUAACCCACUCCCA